CUUGACAGCUGUGCGUGAAGUGCGAGAUGGAUAUCUGAGAGACAUACAUCCUUAUUGUUCCCGAGUGGGAAUAAUAGGCUAAUAAUAAUUAUCGCUAUUGUCAGUUAGCGGUGAGAGAAAGGAAGACGAAAGUCAAUAGAUUUCCCACCUGUACGCAAAAGAAGAGGACUGGUUUAUGAGUGAGACAGACUGAGAGCAGAUGAGAAGUCGUGCCACCGGAUGGUUUUUGUUAUUUGGUGUUCUUUGAUGCACGAACGGACUCUGAAAUGGGUCGCCAUGACGACAGAGCGCUGAGUUAGCUGCUAAUGCGUUAUACGCAUUUGUUUCUGUUAUUGUUUUAUUUUAUCAUUUCCCUACCUCCUUUAUAGUGAUAAAAAUAUGUUGUAACCUCGCCGUCAGAAGACACAGGUGUUGUCAGAUAAAACGAAAGAAAAAGGAGGAGGAGGUGUCAAGAGAAGGCAAAUUGAUGUGCGAGAGCCUGCGACACAUUCAUGACGAAUUACCUCAGAAAAAAAUACCGAUGGCAUAAACACCGGGUUCAGCACUGAAGUACGAAUAAUCACCGGGAAAGAAACGGAGACGCAUCGACUACAACAUCCCUUUCAUCGCGGAAACUAAUGAGCAAAUCGCAAUAGCGAAUGUUGCAUUAACAUCAGGAUGAAGUUCUUCGCCGCUCAGUGUCAGCAGGCCUCUUUUGUGCUCCUCUGAGGAUACACACACCCUCGCUUCCACAGAGCCCACAGAGCCGGCGUCACUGGGACGGCUUGAAACUCUUCGCCCUUCUCUGUUUCACAUACAUCCCCCAUCGUUAGGGCGCUGCUCACCCCAGCCGAAGCAUGUCAUCGGUGGGUGUGGCACGAUUGCAGCGGGAGACGGCCCGCUCCUGCCCGCGCCGUAUAUCUGAAACUUGCCUUGUGUGGCUACUGGGCUUGGCACUUCGCCUGGCGCUAUCCUCCUGCCAGCGGGCAGACCUCACUGCAGCCAAGCACCCUAUGGUCACCACUGGCUAUGGGAAGCUUCGGGGCGUACGCAAGGAGCUGAACAAUGAGAUUCUGGGUCCGGUCGAGCAGUACUUGGGCGUCCCCUACGCCACCCCGCCAGUAGGCGAGAGACGCUUCCAGCCCCCGGAGGCACCAGGCUCCUGGCAGGAGAUCCGUAAUGCUACCCAGUUUGCACCAGUGUGCCCACAGAACAUUCACGGUGUGCUGCCAGAGAUCAUGCUUCCCGUAUGGUUCACCGACAACUUGGAUGCUGCCGCGGCUUAUGUACAGAACCAGAGUGAGGACUGCCUUUAUCUCAAUGUCUAUGUUCCCACAGAGGACGCUCUGGUGAUUGGGAGACUAAUCACCUGUAUACUUCCCAAGUGAUUCUAUCCUUUUCCAGAGCUUACUGUAGUGGUGAAGGGUACAGAGAGAUUACGGGAUGUAAAAAAGAGGAUUUAAACUCAUUUACAACCAUUAAUAAA